UCCAGGGCGGCAGCGGCACCUCAGCCUCUGGAGUUGAUGCCCGACUCGACUUUUCUCUUCCGAAAACUGCAGCGGAAACAAAUCCACUCAGCUAUGAAGUCUUACACGCCGUAUUUCAUGCUCCUGUGGAGUGCUGUUGGGAUAGCCAAGGCUGCCAAAAUCAUCAUCGUGCCGCCAAUUAUGUUCGAAAGCCACAUGUACAUUUUCAAGACGCUGGCCUCGGCCCUGCACGAGAGAGGCCACCACACGGUGUUCCUCCUGUCGGAAGGCAGAGACAUCGCUCCGUCGCACCAUUACAGCCUCCAGCGCUACCCAGGGAUCUUCAACAGCACCACCUCGGACGCUUUCCUGCAGUCCAAAAUGCGGAAUAUCUUCUCCGGGAGACUGACAGCCAUCGAGCUCUUCGACAUACUGGAUCACUACACCAAGAACUGUGACAUGAUGGUCGGCAACCGCGUCCUGAUCCAGGGCCUGAAGAAGGAGAAGUUCGACCUGCUGCUGGUGGACCCUAACGACAUGUGCGGGUUUGUGAUCGCUCAUCUGUUAGGGGUCAAGUAUGCGGUCUUCUCCACGGGCCUCUGGUACCCUGCUGAAGUGGGUGCUCCUGCCCCCUUAGCUUACGUCCCAGAGUUUAACUCGCUCCUCACAGACCACAUGACCUUGCUGCAGAGGAUGAAAAACACCGGCGUGUACCUCAUUUCCAGAUUGGGGGUCAGCUUUCUGGUUCUUCCCAAAUACGAGAGGAUAAUGCAGAAGCACAACCUGCUGCCCGAGAAGUCCAUGUACGACCUGGUGCACGGCUCCAGCCUCUGGAUGCUGUGCACGGACGUGGCGCUGGAGUUCCCGAGACCCACGCUGCCCAACGUCGUGUACGUGGGAGGGAUCCUCACCAAGCCGGCCAGCCCACUGCCAGAAGAUCUGCAAAGGUGGGUAAACGGUGCUAAUGAACAUGGCUUUGUCCUGGUGUCUUUCGGAGCCGGUGUCAAGUAUCUGUCUGAGGACAUCGCCAACAAACUGGCUGGAGCUCUGGGGAGAUUGCCCCAAAAAGUGAUCUGGAGGUUUUCUGGGACCAAACCAAAGAAUCUAGGAAACAACACUAAGCUGAUAGAAUGGCUGCCACAAAAUGAUCUGCUCGGGCAUUCAAAUAUUAAAGCCUUCCUGAGCCAUGGCGGUUUGAAUAGUAUUUUUGAAACCAUGUAUCAUGGUGUCCCCGUUGUGGGAAUCCCACUCUUUGGAGAUCAUUAUGAUACCAUGACCCGCGUGCAAGCAAAAGGCAUGGGGAUCUUGCUGGAGUGGAAGACGGUGACUGAGGGGGAGCUGUAUGAAGCGCUGGUGAAGGUUAUAAAUGAUCCCAGCUACCGUCAGAGGGCCCAGAAGCUUUCAGAAAUCCACAAGGACCAGCCAGGUCACCCUGUCAAUCGGACGGUCUACUGGAUCGAUUACAUCCUCCGUCACAACGGAGCACAUCACCUCCGUGCCGCUGUCUAUCAGAUCUCUUUCUGUCAGUAUUUUUUACUGGAUAUUGCCUUUGUGCUUUUGCUUGGUGCUGUCUUGUUUUACUUCCUUUUGUCCUGGGCAGCAAAAUUUAGCUACAGAAAAAUCACAAGUUUAUGGUCUAGAAAUAAGCAGAGCGCAGUGAAUGGACACUACCAGAAUGGAAUCCUCAAUGGCAAGUACAAGAGAAAUGGCCAUAUUAAACACGAAAAGAAGGUGAAAUGAUCCAGCAGCUCCUGUGAGAGUCCCAAAUCUGCUCAUUGAAUUUUUAUCGCUAUAAUUUAGUCUAACACCUACUAAAAGUCAAACGUCAGUAAACAAUUCUAAAACUCCCUCAUCUGAUCUUACUAAUGAAAUUCCGUGGUUUUUCAGAUGGCUGUAAAAAGCACACCCUAAAAUGCAAAUACGUAUUGUAUUCAAAUACUGAUGCAGAGAGUUUUGGCACUGAAGCUUUUAGAAGCCUUAAUUAUUUAAAGCAAUUAAGUGACCUGUGUGAGACCUUAGUUUCAAAUCUCCAUGUGUGUGUCUCCCAGGUAAGGGAUAGUUUCUUUUCAAGACAUUUGUGUGUAUGUCUGUGUGUGUCUGUAUGUUUCCUAAUUAAGAUAAUUGUCAGCUGACUGGGGCUUACAGUGAGUGUUCUCGUUGAAGGUAUAACACACACAUCAGGGGUAGAAAGACAGAACCCAAACAUUGCCUUUCUAGAAUUUAAUAUGUAUGAACUCAGAGCACUACCAGGAAAGAACAUUUUCCCUCUGACUGAUUACAGAGGAGAAAAAGCAAAGUAUAAAUUACACCAUUUUUUUUUUGACUUUUAUAUUGUCCUUUUAGUUUUUAAAUUGCUUUUGGUUUUGGUGUCCCUUUUCUUGACUGUGGACACUUCUAGAGAGGGGUUAAAAACCAUGCAGUUAAGUAGAUGCCAUGGUUCUAUUUUACUUUCAUUCUCCACUACCGAUAAUUUUCCUCUGGAGGAAUUUUGUAGUUUAUUUGAUUUUAUUUUUAAUGAGUGACAUUAAGUACUUUAUUAAGACAAAGCGACCAAGUCCUGACUUCUGUUCAAAGUACUAAAGAUUAUUGCUUCUAUGGCAUCGUUAAACAUGGCCAUUGUUUGAGUUUUUUGUAAAUGAUGCUUUUCUAUAAUGUAAUUUCUGAAUGUCCCCGUGUUAUUUUCUGAAGUUUAACUUAAAAAAAAACAAAAAAACACCUUCCCCCCUGCUGUUGUCUGGGCUACACAACCUAUUCCACACAGGUGCCAACAUUUAAUUCUUUUAAAUGAAACACUUGCCAUAUUGGUACCUGUUUGGUCUGAGAGGUUGAAGAUUCUCUCAACCCAUCAAAAUGUACACAAUAUGCAGAAGGGACCAAGAAAUUGUACUGCUUGUUGGUAAAAAUAAGUUCCCACUUCCCCAUGCUCCCUCAGCCUGUUCCCGGCAACCCUUCUCAGUCACUGGGGCUGGCGUGGAACAGUGAGUGUUCACUGGAGAAUCAGGAGGUAAGGCCCAGACAGCACGAAAUCAGGAUCUCCUGGCCAAACUGUUCUCUGGUUGGCAAUUACGAGUUUUCUCCAUGUCAUUCUGUUUACUUAGCCUUUGCACUCAGUGUUGAGUGUAAGCUUUAUUUAUUCCUAGUUUGAAAUCCCACAGCUGAGAGUAGAAAAGGCAACACGUACCUAAUGGCAUUCACUAACCCAGCAAGUGUGAACUUUCUAGAAUGCUGUCACUCCUCGUCAUACACGAUGACAUACAACUUCACUCCCUCCCACCAGGAGCCGCUCUCCUCUGCUUUGAGAUAAUGUCAUGAGUAGUUUCUUACCAUUCAAUGCAGAGUUCCUGCUGUCUGGACACUUGAAGAAAUGGUAUUUUACAUAGGAGCCUAUUAGUUCUACCUUUUCACAAUCUUACCACAAUGUUGCCGUUACGGGAGGAGAAAGGACAGAGGCAAUGAGUGGUGGGAGGCUAACAGGUCUUUGGAGUGUAUGCUUGAGCCGAUUUUGCUUUUUUUGGAAUUGGAUGAAGUUGACAGUAGGCACUGACUGGAUGAUGACACAUAAGUUAAUCUCCACUGUGAUAAAAACUUAAUAAACAUGAUUUAAAAAUAGAGAAGUUGUUGGAAUAAAAUUUUUAUAUAUAUUUUUUUCACAAUACUAUGUAUAUCCAUGAUAAACUUGUUUCUAAGACAGGUCUUCCAACUUUUCUAUGUGUAUUUGAGUGUAAAACCGUCUAUAACAUGUGAGAAUGUCUGUUACUGCGCACGGGGUUUACCCUGCAAGGAUAUCAACAUGGAUUGUUAAGUAUAGGUAUUUACUGAUCACUUUUUUCCUAGUAAGCUUAUUGUUAGCCAGUUUUGGUAAAUAGACUGAUUUUAAAUUUUCCACACUUGGGUUAGAUUCUCUAAUAAAGUACAGUUUUC